GAGUAGACAUCAUGAGCAAAGCUCACCCUCCCGAUUUGAAUAAAUUUAUGGACAAGAAGUUAUCAUUAAAAUUAAAUGGUGUCAGACAUGUCCAAGGAAUAUUGAGGGGAUUUGAGCCCUUUAUGAAUCUUGUGAUAGAUGAAUGUGUGGAGAUGGCAACUAGUGGGCAACAGAACAAUAUUGGAAUGGUGGUAAUACAAGGAAAUAGUAUCAUCAUGUUAGAAGCCUUGGAAGGAGUAUGAACAAUGGCUGUCUUCACCAGAGAAAUCAACUGCUUCCACGUGACCCCUCUCCACAUUUUACUACGAUGAAAAUUGGG